CUGGCACAUAGAAAUAACAAGAGCCUCCAAAAAGCUUAAGCGAUGAAUUUGUUCACGGAACUUAUUUAUGCCGAUCAUCACUAAGCCGAACGAGUCCAAUUGGAACGCACAAAUAAAUAAGAAUUUUGCAAGGCUCGAAAAUGUCGUCAAACUUUCGAUAUCAUAUGCUGAAAAGCGUAAAGCCAUAUUCCGUAUAUAUGCCACAAUUGACGAAAUCGUCGCUGCGUGUUCUCAUCCAAGUUUCUGUGCAUUACAUCGAAACAAAAAAAUCGUCGCCCGAUGUUUUAGCGCUGGCAAUAAACAAACUCAAAAAUGCUGGACACGAAGUCCCCAAGAAUUUCUGCGAACUGUUUACAAUGGUGCUGCUGAUAAUGCAAAUGUAUUUGCGCUAUCCAAAAGGUGUUGUCAAAGAUCAGGAGCUGCGCCAGUGCCUAACUGAUGAUCUCAGUUUCACAGAUGUCUGUGCAGAUGAUUUGACAAAGGUGCUGCUCAAUCAUCGCACAACGCUUAGUCGAAAUUUUGCCGAAACUAAAAUGGAAAGGGCCAAAAUGCAGGACAUGCAAUGGCGCAUAAAUAUUUCGUUGAGCUCAUCCAUGGCUCAGCUGAAUAAGCCAACGAUUGUGUUGCACUUCAAAUUGAACAAUGGAGAAUAUCGCACUUUGGAGUUGCCACUGACAAUGUUUCAACGUUUGCGCUACAGCGUUGCAAUGUUGCUCAGCGAGUUGCAAGCCUUGCAGAAUCGUCCUGUUUUGAAGCAGUUCUAAUUUAUAAAAAUAAUUAUUAUAUAUAAAAAUGUUGUGCUGUUAUUAAAUUAAGUUAACUAUCAAAAUUAGCUUAAGAAAUAUUGAAUAUACAAAAGUAAGUUUAUUCUUUA